AUUGUAUGUUCGGUAGUUCACGUAUACAAAAACAUUAUAUUUACCUUCUUUAUAUUUAUCGUUGUCAAUCCCAUCAUCCAUCAUCGUCAUUAUCAUCUAUAUCAUCAUCCAUCAUUGUUGGUUGGCAAUUUUUCCCUCCCACCCCCACCCUCGCUCCCCAGCCACCCUUCCCUGCUUUCCUUUUAUCUCAAUAUAAUAUCUGAAUACCUAGAAGGCUUACAGGUUGGCAAACUUUUUACGAACGAAUUAUUGCGCACGUGUUUAAAAGCCUUACAACAACUUUCAUCUAUAUAAUAUCUAUCUACCUAUUUAUCGUCGUUGUCAGCGAAAGUGUGACCCAACGUGGUUUUUAAUCUCAAUCGGCUUUCCGUCUUGUUGCGCUUAAUAUAGAUAAUAUAUAUAUAUAUAUAUAUUAAUAAAAAAAAAAAAAAAAAAUAAAGAGAAAAAGAAAAAGAAAAAUAAAAAGAGAAAUAAAUAAAAGCAACUUCUUUAGAGUUUUAGAUUGUCCAGACACAACACCGGAAGAAUAGAUUAUAAAAGAGAUUACGUGCUCUCCCGCGCGUGUGUAUGUGCGUGUACGUGUGCGUGCGUGCGUGCGCACGCGUGUGUGCGUACGUGUGUGUGUCGCGUGUGCGUGCAUAAGUACAUGUACGUACUUUGAAAAGUACCGAUAAGAACACAUUCUGAUAUGGAUUAGAUGAAACAAACUGAUGAAAGCUCUUUAAAACGGAAAGAAAGAAAGAAAGAAAGAAAGAAAGAAAAAGAGAUAGAGAGAUAAAGAGAUAGAGAGAGAGAGAGAGAGAGAGAGAGAAAGAGAGAGAAGUAUCUCAGUUAAAAAUAAAAGCUCAGUGGACCAACGGGAAGAUCGUAUGAGAGAAUUCAAAGGAGAUAAAAAAUAUUCCAAUAUAAGAAGUAAGAAAUUGUCGAAAUAAAAGAGAGAGAGAGAGAGAGAGAGAGAGAGAGAGAGAGAGAGAGAGAGAGAGAGAGAGAAAUAAUAUCGUACAUGUAUGUAUAUUUAUAUGACAAAUCUGUGAGAAGGUCCAAGGUCAAAGAUCGUACUUGCAGUGUAAUCUCUUCUCCUUUUCUUCCUCCCUCUAUCUCCUCCUCAUCCUUUUACUUCUUCUUCUUCUCUUCAUCCCUCUCUCCUACUUAUACCCCACCUUUUCCCUCUUCUUCCCCUCCUUCUUCUUUUCUUCUUCUACUUUUUCUUUUUCCUCCUCCUCCCCUUCUUCUUCUUCUUCUUCUUCCUCCUCCUCCUUCUCCUCCUCCUCGUCCAUCACUACCACCACCACCACCACCACCACCACCAUCUUCUCUUGGAUCGGUCGACGUCGUAGCGGCGCAACGAGCAUCGCAACGAAAGUGUGUCAGUAGGAUAACGACGAAGGCACGAAGCACAACCUCAUCUCUCGUCGUAGUCGUAGUCGUAUUCGUCGUCGUACUCGUCGUAGUCGUCGUAAUCGUAGUCGUCUUCGUCGUUCCCCAACGGCAACUAUAUUUCGUUUUUCUUUUUUUUUUUUUUCCCCCUUUAUCCUCUUCGAAGCGACACUUUUACACGAGUUUUUUAUUUUUUCCCUUUUCUCUCGUCGCGUGUUGUGCCAUUUAAACGGCAAAAUAACGUCCGAAGGAAUUGGAACACGUCGGCAACGAACUACUAUCAAAUAUACAACUUUAUAACUACCACUAUUAUCAGCAUCACCAUCACUACUAUUACUACUACCUACUACUACUACUACUACUAUUACUACUACUAUUACUACUGCUACUAGUACUCAUUACGGCUAUAGUAUUACUACAGCUGCUAGUGUUACUGUUGCUGUUGUUGCGCUGUUACUAUUACUUCUACUAUUACUACUAUUACUACUACUAUUAUUAUUAUUAUUAUUACUACCAACAUCACCGCCAUUGCUAUUACUAUUUUGUUACAGUAAAAGAAACGCGAAAGAAUUCGUUACGACACGUUCGGCCACAUCGUCUAGAAUCGAAUUUCAAUUCGCCAUUUAUUUCUUUCCCCCCCCCCUCCCCUCUCCCCUCCCCAAUCACCCACCCACCCACUUUCGGUUCGGUUCAGUUCACUAACUCGCUUCGCUCGCUCGCUCGCUCGCUCGCUCAGUUUUACUUCACCUUUACUUUAUUUUACUUCUACUUCUACUUCUACUCUAUACUCUACUCUACUCUACUUUACUCUAUUCUACUUUAUUCCGUUCUUCUUCACGUUCUCCACUCGUAGACAGUUUUUCUUUUUUUCUUUUUCCUUCUUCGUUUUAUCUCUCGUGUCUUCUUAACAUUUUUGCCAUUUCAUCGUAAAGAAGAAGAAGAGAUAAAGAAGAAAGAGAAAGAUUUAAGAAGAAAAAGAAGAAGAAGAAGAAGGGAUAAGGAAGAAAGAGAAAGAUUUAAGAAGAAGAAGAAUCACGACGUCGAUGUCACGGCGGAAAAAGAGCGAGUUCCUUCGCGAGAAAGAGAGGGAUAACGUUGUUGCGUCAUGAUCGUAAUCGACGAGAGGCGUGACAUCAGUAAAAAAUUAUAAUAAUAAUAAUAAUAAUAGUAAUAAUAAUACAUCGUACACACGUAUACGAAGCGACACGUGAAGAAAAAAAGAAGAAGAAGAAGAAGAAGAAGAAGAAGAAAAAAAUUAGGACGAGAGAGAUUUAUAGAGGAGAAAAACGAUCAACUAGAGAAAGAAAGGAAGGAAAGAAGGAAAUAAAGAAAAAAAAGGAAGAAGUAGUAAUAGUAGAAAUAGAAUGACUCGAUUAUUAAUAAAUUAAUUCGUUAUAGAGUGCAAUUAAUUAUUUGAUUUUACCGCCCAUCUGUGUGCUCAGUGACGUAUCUACAAGAUUAAAGAGCUCUAAUAUCGAGUAAUGAAAAUAUAACGAAGGAAGAUAAUUAUAGGGAGAUAAAUAGAUAAAUAAAUAAAUAGAUAAAUAGAUAAAUAGAUAGAUAGAUAGAUAGAUAGAUAGAUAGAAAGAGAGAGAGAGAGAGAGAGAGAGAGAGAGAGAGAGAGAGAGAAAAAGAUACAAGAGAAGAGCCAAGAGGGAGGAAAAAAGAAAAAAAAAAAAUAAAAGAGUCAAAAGGAGUUCGAAUUGGCGAAAUAUGUUGAAGAGAAGGGGAGCAUCGAACAAAAUGAAAAAUCCGGAACACGAGAGUGGUUAUUUCGAAGAUGGUAGUGAUGGGAGCGAUGUUGAGGUUAACGUUGAGGAAACGAUAGUAGAUGAAGACAGGAAAUGCGGUUCUGCUUGUUACGGCCUUACCAAGGCCAUCCACAGCCUCGACGUCAGGGACUCUCAUGAACACCUUGCCAAUGGCUAUGAAGACCGAUCGAACGGGGUGAAUCUCGAAGACAGUGGUGGUCAAAGAGUGGAUAUGUCUCAUUUCGAUUUAUUGAAGGUCCUGGGAACCGGAGCUUACGGUAAAGUGUUUCUGGUACGGAAAAGAAUGGGAACCGAUGCUGGUCGUCUUUAUGCCAUGAAGGUCUUGAAGAAAGCCUCGAUCGUACAAAAGAAAAAAACAACCGAACAUACGAAGACCGAGAGGCAAGUUCUCGAAGCUGUUAGGGACAGUCCUUUUUUAGUAACGCUCCAUUAUGCUUUUCAAACUGACGCCAAAUUACAUUUAAUUUUAGAUUAUGUUAGUGGAGGCGAAUUGUUCACUCAUUUAUAUCAACGAGAACAUUUUACCGAAGACGAAGUAAGGAUUUAUAUCGGCGAAGUAAUAUUGGCUUUGGAACGUUUGCACAAGUUGGGUAUCAUAUACAGAGACAUCAAACUGGAAAACAUAUUACUCGAUAGGGAAGGACAUAUAGUCCUUACAGACUUUGGAUUGAGUAAAGAAUUCUUACCGCAUGAAAGAGAUAGCAACGCACGAGCAUACUCGUUUUGCGGUACUAUCGAGUACAUGGCACCGGAAGUGGUACGAGGGGGCUCCGCAGGCCACGAUAUUGCUGUGGAUUGGUGGAGUGUGGGCGUGCUAACUUACGAGCUUCUCACUGGCGCCUCUCCUUUUACGGUCGAGGGAGAGAAAAAUACACAGCAGGAGAUCUCGAGGAGAAUAUUAAAGACCGAGCCACCGAUACCAAGUCAUCUUAAUCCAACAGUAAGAAACUUUAUCUCGCGUUUGUUGGUGAAAGAUCCACGUCAAAGACUAGGCGGUGGACCUCGCGACGCCAAGGAAUUGAAGGAGCAUCCAUUCUUUAAAAAGGCACCGCCACCUUUCACCUGGGAUGCUUUAGAAAAACGACAGAUAGCACCGCCAUUUGUGCCACGUAUAACGCACGAACUUGACACCAGUAAUUUCUCGGACGAAUUUACAAAAAUGGUCGCUGCUGAUAGUCCAGCAGUUGUACCGCCUAAUCACGAUAAAAUUUUUCGGGGUUACUCUUACGUGGCACCAUCAAUAUUAUUCAGCGAGAACGUAGUAAGCAGAGAUAUCUUCUUAGAGGAAACAGAAGCUACUACAGAAUCUCAAAGGCCAUCGGCAUCGGACGUUUUAGCGGCACGAUUCGAAGAGUCAACGUUCUUUCAGACGUAUGAACUUGAUCUACGAGAGGAAGCAUUAGGCGAUGGAAGUUUUUCGGUAUGUCGUAAAUGUCGGCACAGAAAAACGGCUCAGGAAUUUGCUGUGAAGAUCGUUAGCAGGCGUAUGGAUUGUGGUAGGGAAGCUAGCUUGCUACGUAGUUGCCAAGGCCAUCCAAACGUGGUCAAGUUGCUCGAGGUACAUCAAGAUAGAGCGCAUACAUAUCUAGUGAUGGAAUUACUCUCUGGAGGUGAAUUGUUGAGAAGACCAAGGCCAUUCACCGAGCAACAGGCAAGUCGUGUUAUGAGGCAAUUGGCGUCCGCGGUACGUUUCAUGCACGCUCGUGGCGUUGUCCAUAGAGAUCUUAAACCAGAAAAUAUUGUCUUCGUUCACGAAGGCGAAGAUUCGCCGGUCAAGAUCGUUGACUUUGGUUUUGCUAGGAUAAAACGUGGCUGCGAACCAUUACACACACCUUGUUUUACCCUACCUUAUGCAGCACCAGAAGUGAUUGCCAGACAGGGAUACGAUCAGAGUUGCGAUCUAUGGAGUUUAGGUGCAAUAUUGUAUUCCAUAUUAUUCCGUAAUGCAACAAUAUUUGUAAAUGGCUCGCCAGAUCUGGCAUCGCGCAUUAGAUCAGGCGAAAUUAAUUUCGAUUCUAACAGUUGGUGUCAUAUAUCACCUUUGGCCAAGCAAGUGGUAAAAGGUUUAUUGACGGUCGAUCCGAACAAAAGACUCACCGCUAUGGCACUUGCCAAUCAUCCUUGGUUAAUGGAAUCAACUAACACGACCGAUCCAAACGUAUCAGACACUACUACAUCGUGUCUUCCUACAUCAUCGUCGGAUAGACUCGAAGGUUUUCGUUUACGAGAAGUGGAUGGAGCUAAAUUAGCUCAAAGACGUAAAUUACACAAACGUUCGACUUCUAGUUCAGUAUCUUCCUCGGCAUCGACAACUUCCUCCACCCUUUCUGUUCCAUUGGUACGACCAUCCAGCACGAGUACCAACGUAACUACUUCUGCAUCACCUGCUCAACCUAUUGCCUUUGACUUUGGAGAGGAGAAAGUAAACGAAUAUUUGAGUUCGUUGUCGUCUUCCUCCGACUCCAAUUCUCCAAAGAUAAAUAAUCAUCGACAUCCAGAAGGAAAGUCAAAACGACGUAAACGUGACAUGACCGACGACGAUCCUUAUCAACAAGGAUGUUCAAAAACUAAACGACAUAAACGACACAACGAUUUAGACGGCGAAUCAUCCUAUCAAAGUAAUAAUAAUAGAAAUGGACCGGUUACAAGAUCGAGAAAACGAAAAUUAGAACAAAAUGUAUGUAAUUCAGACAGCUCAAUGGAAUCAUAUGGAUCCUCCUCUUAUACCGACAAAAAAGAAGUUAAUGUUCAUCGAAAACAAAAAGCUGGUAAACGGCCCAAACGCUUUACUACGAUCACAGUGGAGUAAUGUUUCCUACAUCGUGUCUCGGAGGUAGUCUUAUUCUCACUUAGUUUCCUAUGCAUUUUACAAUAAAGUAAUAGCGCGCUGCCUUUUGGGAAUUACGUACAAGAUAUUAUAAAUGUUACAUCAUUCCUAAUGCGUGAGAGACAGGUCUUUUAGACUAUUGUAAAUAUGUUUCAUUUUAUGCCAUGUUUUUUAGAAUAACCAAGAGAUAAUAUACGUUCUUGCUAAGGAUUUUUUGUAUAAAAAAGGAUUGCAAAAGGGAAAGGGGGAUAUUAUCAUUAUAUCUUUAUGGUCAGGGUCAAAUCAUUUCGUUUCUGUUAGAUUAACACAAUAGUUAUCAGAUCCCUGCUGUUUUUAUUAUUUCGAUUUAAAUUUUGUUAGCAAAAAAAAAAAAAAAAGAUAAUAUAAAAUAUUUUUCUUUCUUUCUUUUGUGUGUGUGUGUGUGUGUGUGUGUGUCUCUGUGUGUGUGUGUGUGUAAAUAUUUUUCUUUUUUUUUCUUCUCUUCUUUUUUUGUUGUUUCUCUUUUUUCGUUCACAAUUAAGUUUCGCUUGUCUGUGAUCAGCGAAAAGUCAACUAUGCAUUAUGGGUUGUUAGGAUAGAUACGUAGUAAAUGUGCCUCAAUAAAAAUUGUCCAUUUCCUAUGAAUGCAUCGAGUGAAGCGUUGAAUGUAUUGCAAGAUAACAUUUGAAGUAUGUUGACAAGAGUUUACAAAGAGUUCAAAACAAAUUUUAUCAAUCGAAAUUAUUUUAUUUUCUAUAUAUGUAGUAGACGUUUGUUUGUUGAACAGAAGAUGAUGUUAAUCAUUCUAUUUAAUAACACAUUAAACAUUCAACUUUCACGUUAAACAAUAAGAGAUCGAUUAAAAUGUUAAAGAUGAUUUUUUUUUUGUUUUUUUUUGUUUCUUUUUUUUUUUUAGAACCGUUGAGACAUUACGAAGGAAAUGAUAAAAUAAAUGAUUUGUAUUCUUUGAAAAAAAAAAAAAUUAAUUAUGAUCCAAUGGAUCAUUCAUGAUUAAUAAUGAUAUUUGUAUCGCUUACAUACAUGUACAUCUUUUUGGUACUUUAUUUUUUACCAUUCUAUCUGUGCUCUGUUUUCAUCUCAAUUUAACAUAUUAAUUAAUGAGACGUUUACAAAUUAUAUGAGAGGUUCAUUAUGAAAAGAUUAAUCUUGUAUAUGUUUAAUCGAACACAAGAGUGAAUAUAUUUAAUUAUAAAUUAAAUACUUCGCACUGUUAUUCAAAGGUAUGCCGAUUAACGUAAAGAAAUACAAUGUAUUUCUUAAGAAACUGAAGAAAGCAAAGGAAAAAAAAGAAAAAAAAGAAAAAAAAAAAAAAAAGAAAAAAAGCACACAAAAAGAAAAGAAAGAAAAAAAAAACAGAAAACGAAGAAAACCAAACAAAGAACUUUGAUUUAGUAAAUUUUCCGUUUAUAGAUUUCUUGUGAAUUUGGUACAAGUAUGUAAUUCUUCUUAUUUAAAACUAAUAAAAAAAGAAAGAGAUCUUUUUUUUUUCUUUUUUUUUUUUUUUUUUUUUUUUCUUUUGUUUGU